AUGUUCACAAGGCAAGCUGUAUUUGUUACAAAAAGAAUCCCUUUACUUUCCCGUCCCGUGGUGAGAUUGAACUCCACUUACAAAUCCAUCACCAAAUUAACUGAAUUAAAGGAAUUUCAAUCGUCAAUCAGUAAUGGAUCGCAACUUUCUGUCAUUGAUUUCUUUGCUACUUGGUGUAACCCAUGCAAGGCAAUGAUUCCAGUGAUUUCAAAACUUAUUAAGGAACAUCCGGAAGUGACAUUUUAUAAAGUAGACGUUGAUGAGAGUCCCGAAAUUGCCAAACAUUGUAAUGUUACUGCUAUGCCCACAUUUGUAUUUGCCAAGGAUGGAAAGCUUUUAGGUACCGUAGUAGGUGCCAACCCAGCUGCUUUGGAGGAACAAAUUGAAGAAUUGAAAUAA